AUGUUGCCAUUUGAUUUCGCUUCAGUUUUCUUAGCGUUUCUAAUUUUCCAUGAAUCAAAAAGUGCGGCUUUGGACGGCAAUCUAGAAGGCGAUUCGGAAUACCUUGAUUUUCGGGACUCAAUUUGCUAUCCGUCGCCGACACAUUCAUUAAAUUUCCCAGAAACCGUUUCCUCGCUGGCGCAGGCAUCUCAAGAUUGGUGGUGUCCUCCUCAAAAGGAAUUCUCAUGGCUGGGAUUUAGUUAUGAUGUUAGCGACUGCCCAUCCCGUGACGAAAUGACCAACGCAUUCGGGUGGAUGCGACGCGCAAAGAAAGCCCGCUACGUCAGGAUAUAUGGUGGUUGUGACAGCCAAGGUUUUGAUAACGAUGUGAUAGAAGCAGCAGCGCAAGCAGGAGUAGGAAUUUAUGCUCUGAUCUGGUUCGGAUUUGACAAUGAUACUAAAUGGAAAGGCCGAAAAGAGCGCCUUCUUCAGGCAAUCAAAGAUAAUCCCAAGGCUCCCUAUGUCGUUCGUGCGGUCACCUGUGGUUCCGAGCCAUUAUUCGAUUCUGUGCUACCCGUAGAAGACCUAGUGGCACAGAUCCAGGAUCUCAAACGAGAACUUGGUCCCUUCGGCAUACAAGUGACUCUAUCAGAGAUGCCGGCCGGAUACCAAGCCCACAACGAUACGCCCGAAAUCUUCAACGCGGUCGAUUUUGUCAGCCUUCAUAGUUUUGGCUUUUUUGAGCAAAAUGCCACCACGGCUGAUCGCGCGAGCGUUUCCAUCCGACGAGACGUGGAAUACGGUCUCCGGCAUGGCGGGGGCAAGAAAGUGGUCAUCACUCAGACUGGCUGGCCCAGUAAUACAGAUGUUUGGAAAGCCAACUCUCCGAAAGCAAUUGCCAGCAUUGAGCAAGAAGCUCUUUAUUACAAAAUGCUCGACAGGCAAUGCCGCUACUUCAAAGCCAGUAGGAUUGGCUGGUUUUCACACGUCUACAAUGAUGCGACCUUACCAGGGUGGGGAAUAAUGUAUGGAAACGGCACCGAAAAAUUUAGCUUCAAUCCUAGGAUUCACUGCUGA